GUUACUUGUUUUUUUCAUAAUGUGUAGAAUAGAAAUAUUGUUGAAAAAGGUCCUCAUAUAGAGUUUUUGUGGUAUCAUCUCAUCGCUGUUAACUGUCAAAGUGAUCCUAUAUUCAAAUACAUUUUCAGGCAUCGUUUUUUUAUUUAAAAAAUAUUUAUUUUAAUUAAAAAUUAAAUUUAUAAAAUUGAAAAAAAAAUUAAUUGAGAGACAAACGUGAAAAAAAUCCACGUUUCAAAAGAAAACGAAAAGGGGGAGGAAGUGAAAUUCAAAAAUAUUCAUUACCAUCUUCAUGUCGCUGAUGAAAUCAUCAGAAUCGUGGUUCUUUCGACACGUGGAUUUGCAAACAAAGCAAAUGGUUUUCUACACGUGAGAGAAUGCGUUGGAAAGGACGAUUUGAAGUGAUGCACACAUAUGCAAGCCACAGUACACGGAAUCACUGGCAUCACGUCACCCAAUGCAUCAGGAUUUGAUCUACUUCCCGUGGCGCCCAGAGGACUUGUCUUUCUGCCAGUGAUCCCAGGAACCCAGAGGGUGCUGUCAACAUGGCAUACUACGCGAACAAGGACUAUGGCAUGUCCCUUCCACGUGAAUCCGUUGAGAUGAAGGCUGGAGAUUUUGUGUUCUACCAUCCGUGCUUGUUCCACGGAUCCGGUGCCAGUCGAUCCGAUGGGUUCUCGUGUCACGACGAAAUACACGCCCGCGCGCGCAUUUUCAAUAUCUUGGAGUAACUUUCCGUUAGAGCGCGUUUUCCUUUUCAGAAAGGCUGCCAGCGAGCAUGUGCUAUGUGAAACAUUAUUUUAAAAGUUUGUGGUUUAUAGAUUAUAGAUCAUUCUCAGUUUUCUCGUGAAAAAUCUAAAAAUUUACGGUUGGCUUGAUUGCUUAGAAAGCCCCAUGCAACAGUAGUGUAAGUAGCUGAGCCUGACCAAGUUCCUUGAUGGCUAAACAAGGUCUACGCAGAGUUGUGGUAGGGGUGUACCUAACUACUCAACUUUAAAGACCCAUAUCAAAUCGAUUUCCGUGACUUUGUUGUACCAAAAAAUUCGGAUAUACCCCGUCGUUCAUUUUAAUUAUCAAAAUAAAAGGUGAUGGAA